UUCCACCAAAACCAUUCACAAAAAAUUUGCAAAAUUUUUCUCUUUUAUUGAACUUGGUACCCACCUUUAACCACUUCAAACCUCACUUUCUAUAUGGAUUCCCUCGAUAAGGAAGUCGCCAUCGAGAUUCUCCCUUUCAUCCGGAUUUACAAAGGUGGUUCGGUUGAGCGACUGGCUGGCUCUCCCAACGUGCCACCAUCAACCGAAGACCCGGAAACUGGAGUCUCAUCAAAAGACAUCACUAUUUCAGACAACCCUCCUAUCUCAGCUAGGAUUUACCUACCAAAGCAGGUUGAACAACACCAAAAAGUUCCCCUCUUAGUCUACUUCCAUGGUGGAGGCUUUUGCUUUGAGUCCGCUUUCUCAUUUGUUGAAACCAAGUAUAUGAACAGCUUAGCUUAUUAUGCCAAAGUAGUUGUUAUUUCGAUCGAGUACAGGCUAGCCCCUGAACAUCCUCUCCCCAUUGCUUAUGACGACUGCUGGGCUGGUCUACAAUGGGUUGUUUCUCAUUCUGUUGAUUGUGGGGUAGAUAACAAGGAACCUUGGUUAUCCACCUAUGUUGAUUUUGAUCGAGUUUAUGUUGCUGGUGACAGCGCCGGAGCUAACCUUGCUCACAAUAUACUGAUGAGAGCUGGCUCAGAGGCCUUGAAUGGUGGUGUUAAAAUAACAGGAGCUUUUGUAACACACCCUUAUUUCUGGGGUUCAAAGCCGGUUGGUUCUGAGCCUAAGAGUAUUGACAAACGAGAGAAGUGCGCCAUGUACACGAUAUGGCACUUGAUUUAUCCAGAGGCUCCUGGAGGCAUUGAUAAUCCGAUGAUCAACCCGGUGAGUCCAGGGGCUCCAAGCUUGGCAGGACUUGGAUGUUCCAGGUUGCUUGUUAGUGUUGCUGAAAAGGAUGCGCUGAGGGAUAGAGGGAUCUUCUACUAUAAUGCAGUGAAGGAAAGUGGGUGGAAAGGAGAAUUGGUGUUGGUCCAAGUUGAAAGAGAAGAUCAUGCUUUUCAGAUUCUAAAUUAUGAGUCUGAGAAUGCUAAGAAACUGAUCAAACGCCUGGCUUCUUUCCUUGUCUAGGAAGAACCAAUUCAAUUCAGUUAUGCUCUUUAUGAUAUGCUCUUAUUUCCUUUAUCUUUUCUUUUCUUUUUCUCAAAAAAAUAUGUUUCAUGCUUAACUGGACUUCGAUGUCAACUGUUACCUGCAGCAAUAAAAUAUAUUGAACCAGAUACCCCCUA